UAUACGUCGAAAAAGUAUCACUAAUAAUAUUUCGUAUAUUGAUAGCUUAUAUUCUUCGGUUAAAAUGCAUCAUACAUUUUUCUUAUUUUGCGUCAUCUUUUAUCUAAGAAUUGUCAUGUGUUCGAAAAUCUACUCAUCGGAAUAGGAUGACAGUUUGGUUGGCCAACCAAAAGGAGCGACAAAAGAUUUCUUUAUUCUGAUUAGUCAGUCUCUUCACUCGGCGAAUAGAUUUUCGAACGCAAUCAUGACCUGAUAACAAUCCAAACUGAAUUUUUUUUUAGUACACAAUACGUAGAUAAGAUUUGAUUCUGAAUUAAUUAAAGCGCUAGACUUGAUAGGGUUAUAAGUUGUUUGAAAUAAGUGCAAAAAGAGUGUGGCACUGGUUGUGGCACUGUACAAUUUACAUAUAUAUUAUAUAUAUAUAUCAGAUUGUUAUCUUAUAAAACUUUGAAGGUGACUAAGUCAAAUAAGUUGAUAACAAAGUGACUGCUCCAAACAUGGCAACUGUAGAAGAAACUUUAGAGAAAUAUAUACCAGAGAAGGAAUUAAAUGAAGUAAAACGGAUUUUGUAUGGGCGUACAUUAUUGCCAUUAUGUGAUAAAUGGGAAGAUGAGGAAUUUGAAAUACAAGGAUGGAGAAUGAAUAGUGAGAUUAUAGAAGAGCUUCGUCCCCCACGUCUAGUUCGUGUCGGAUUGAUACAACAUAAAAUUGUAUUACCAACAACACAGCCCAUUUUAAACCAACGAGAUGCGAUAUAUAAGAAAAUUGGAUCAUAUAUUGCAAGAGCAGCUCAAUACAACGUUCAAAUUUUAUGUUUUCAAGAAGCAUGGAAUAUGCCAUUUGCUUUUUGUACAAGAGAAAAGUAUCCGUGGUGCGAAUUUGCGGAGGCAGCCGAGACUGGUCCUACGACCAUAUUUCUAUCUAAAUUCGCUAAAGAAUACAACAUGGUAAUAAUAUCGCCGAUUUUGGAAAGAGAUUCUGCCGAUGGCGAUACUAUUUGGAAUACCUGCGUCGUGAUUAACAAGGACGGUAAAGUCCUUGGAAAACAUAGAAAGAAUCAUAUUCCUCGUAUCGGGGAUUUUAACGAGUCUACUUAUUAUAUGGAAGGCAAUACAGGACAUCCUGUUUUUGAUACACCUUAUGGACGUAUUGCGAUUAAUAUAUGUUACGGACGUCAUCAUCCAUUAAAUUGGUUGAUGUUUGGUUUGAAUGGGGCAGAAAUCGUUUUUAAUCCAUCGGCAACCACUCAAGGUUUAUCUGAACAUUUGUGGCCAAUUGAAGCAAGAUGCGCCGCUAUAGCGAAUAGUUACUAUACUUGCGCUAUCAAUCGCGUGGGUAUCGAGACUUUCGAACAUGAAUUUACAUCUGGUGAUGGGAAACCAGCACAUAAAGAUUUUGGAAAUUUCUAUGGCUCCAGUUAUAUUACUGCUCCUGAUGGCACACGAACUCCAGGUUUAAGUCGGCACAAAGACGGACUUUUGAUUGGAGAACUAGACCUAAAUUUAUGUCGACAAACGAAAGAUAUAUGGGGAUUUAGAAUGACUCAACGACUGGAUAUGUAUGCAAAAAAACUUGCUGAAUUCACGAUGCAGGAAUAAGACUUGGGGUAUUUACAGAAUAUUUACAUUAUCUCUAAUUUCAUGAAAUUUGUUAUGAUAAUUUCAUGAUUUAAUUGAAUUUUACAUUAUAAAGAUCCAACACUUUUAUCAAAGGCUAUAAACUUAUCUACUAACAUAUUGAAUACUUUCAAUUUAUA